CAUUAGCAGCGCAAAGGUUGUGGGUUCUAUUCCCAGGAGAACACAUGUUAGGUAAAACAAUGUUAGCCUGAAUGCACUGUAAGUCGCUUUGGAUAAAAGCGUCUGCUAAAUGCGUAAAUGUUGAAAUAGUACAUUUGGCUAUGGACUAAGACGUGACAUCUUUUGGCAUUAACAAAUAUAUUGAUUUGGCAAAUAUAUUGAUUUGGCUCUAUAAAACAAAUGAUAAACAAAAAAAUCAGAACGUUCUGAAACCGAGUUUAAUCAUAUCCAGAAGUCAUGGCAAUCACAUCUCGAACUUCCAGCCAAUAUUUCAAUGGGACGGUCGGUAUUGGAUAACGCACGUCACAUUUCUCCUCACCCUCCAGCUGCUCACUUUCAGUUUGCGCUUUGCAACUUCGCAAGUGUGCCUCGUCUUGUCAUGGUAAUGUGAUGUGAUGUAAUCUACAGACCUAAGUUACGGCUGCUUUCACCUAAAUUGUGCUUGAUGUUUGCCCGGAUCCUCAUUCAAGUGAGGGAAAGAGUUCUGUUGGGUUUGUCGCUGCGUGUGCGGUUUGGAGAUACAGAGAACACCUCUAUCACUGGCAGUAUGAGUGUCGCUAUUACUAAAUGACCUGCGGACACACUAUCAUAUGGAUGUUGUUGGACAGACCAAAGAAGAUUAGUCAUUGUGCGACCUUCAGAGAUGGGAGUGACAGUUUCGUACUGCUGAAAAAACAUUGACCCCCACCUGAAACCACUCCAAGUUGAUCGUUUCAUGAGGAUUAAUGGAAUGUUCUCUUUUGGAUACGUCUUUGACCUCAUUGCUCUCCGAGAGUUUAACACUAGCCAUGAAAUGUGGUGGAGACAUGUGACACAUCAGGCCCACCAUGCUAGACCGUAGUGGGCUACAGUGUUACAAUACAACACAAUACUUUCUAGUCUUAUUUUUAAACAUGGCUUGAGUUGGGACCAUAGAAGCCUCAGCCAAUUUCACUGAUUAUAUAAGUCUCCGAGGAAGCGAAGAGACCAUGUGUAACAUUUCAACCUCGUGCAAUGUUGACUCGAACAUAGACCAGUUCUUCCAGCCGGCACUGUAUAUUAUCGUCAUCGUCCUUGGCUUCCCCACUAACUGCAUUGCCCUGUGGGCUGCGUACAUGCAGGUCAGACAGAAGAAUGAGUUGGGGGUCUACCUGAUGAACCUCUCGGUGGCUGACCUCUUGUAUAUAGCCACUUUGCCCCUUUGGAUUGACUAUUUUGUCCACCAUGACAACUGGAUCCACGGUCAAGUGUCCUGCAAGAUGUUCGGUUUCAUCUUCUACACCAACAUCUACGUCAGCAUCGCCUUCCUCUGCUGCAUAUCUGUGGAUCGUUACUUGGCGGUGGCUCAUCCUCUGAAAUUUGCUAAAGUCCGCAGGGUCAAAACAGCCUUGCUUGUCAGCGCCGUUGUGUGGGUAACUGAAAUAGUGGCCAACUCUGCACCUCUCUUCCAUGAUGAGCUUUUCAAGGACCGCUUUAACCACACCUUCUGCUUUGAGAAGUAUCCCAUGCAGGAUUGGGUGGCCGCGAUCAACCUUUACCGCACUUUCCUCGGCUUCUUGGUGCCUUGGGGUGUGAUGUUGGCUGCUUACAGAGGCAUCCUGAGAGCCGUGCGCAGUAACGUCUCAACCGAGCGGCAAGAGAAAGCCAAAAUCAAGAGGCUGGCCCUCAGUUUGAUCCUCAUCGUCCUCCUCUGCUUCGCUCCCUACCACGUCCUCCUGCUGUGGCGCAGCGUGCUUUACCUCAGCAACCCCUGCGAUUGUGGCGGCGAAGAGAACUUGUUUGGUGCUUAUCAUGUGACUCUUGCGCUCACCAGUCUCAACUGUGUGGCAGACCCCAUCCUCUAUUGCUUUGUCAAUGAAGGGGCCCGUAAUGAUGUGGGCCGGGCCCUGUCCACUUUCUUUGGUCUCUUCCAGUGGGGCCAAAGCCCAGAGGCACUCAUGGGUGCAUCCAUCACCGUGGAGACACCGUUGGCUAUGAAGAAGCCGGAUUUCUACAGUGAGGUCAAAACAAAUGCCUAUAAAACUGACAUUGAAGUGCUCAAAGAUGAGUGCCUUCAAAUGACCAUUCUCAGUGUUAAAAAGUGAAGUUAAAUAUCGGUGUAACCUACAGCAGUCUGCUAAAGUGUGUGGACACUUAUGUGCGCACUUAAAACUGAAUUUUUAUUGAAACUGGCAAAAUAUUAAACCAAGUGGCAUCUGCAAAAGCUGCUGGAUCAUUUGUUAAAAAUAAUUUCAGUUUUUGUGAGCCAUUUUGUCAGUGACUUAAAAAGCCCACAGUAUACUUGUGUUUGAUAGCAUGCUUGAACACCGGCCCUCAACACAUGCGCACUAUAAAGUUUUGUCCUUGUCCAUUGUCUGCGCUAUUUCUCUUCAGAAGUUAUGACUGAUAAAAUUGUCUUUGUGCUUGUUUAAACUAGAGUUGCGUGUAUCUCUUAACCCACUCACACAAGUGCUUGUCAACAAAAGCAUCUUUUGUUGUUGCUGUCUCCACUAGUUUGUUUUUCAGUUUUGACUGUGAAACAACGGACUGAGGCAUUGUCUCCACUUUGUGGACAAGCUAAUUACUGCAAAAAAAAUUAAAGGUGCAUGUGCGAGCUGCACGCAUACAGUAUGUACGUGUUAUGAUGAUGAAGCUACGUAUCAAGCUGAUUUUUAGUAGAUGUAUGUAGUUCUUCUUACUAACAUUUAACAACCAGAAAAUGUCAGAAUACUUUUUAACCUUAAUUUUGAACAAUAUUUCUUGUUUUAGAAUUUAAAACACAACAAACUUGGUUUACUUUUUUCUUUUUUUUCUUUUUUUUUUCGUUGAAAACUGUGCUUGUGUUAUCUGUAUUAUCUUUCUGUCUGUCUAAAACAAUGCCACUUGAUUUGAUUUUGUUAUGUAAUGCAAUAACAUUCAGCAUUUAAGUGCGCCUUAAAGGUAUAGUUCACGUAAAAAUUAAAAUUCUGUCAUCAUUUACUCACCAUCAC